CCUUAUCUUAAUGAUAUUAUUUCAAAUUUUCAAAUUUUAAUUCCAAUAUCAUUUGCGAAAUUUUUAAUAUCAGCAUCAAUAUGAUGAAAUCAAGUACCAUGAACGACAUCAACUGCCCAUUAUAACUGCUCCAGAAGAUGGCGGUAGUCAGUAGAAAGUUGAUUUGCGGUUUUAUUUUUUGGAUCCUAAUUCCAUGGGCUCUGAUCGGAGGUGCAAUUAUAAGAAUCAAUGUACUCUCUUUAGUCUAUUUGAUAUGUUUGCUUAUUGCUCCGCUUCUUCCAACCCCUACAUCAAAGUCAAUGUUGGGGCCUACAGGAAGAUAUUUAAAGUUCAUCAUAGUAUUCAGUGCUUUAGCUUGUUUGGGACAUCUGAUAUUCCACGUAUCUCUCCUAGCUAUGCCGCCUUACGGACACAUGCUAUCCAAUUGUACUUUUAUAGAAAGGGUCGUAAGGGAGCUAGGUUACCAGAAGUUACAUCAAGCUUCCCCUUUGCAAAUAACUCGCUUAAUCGCCCCCGACCUUAUGGUUAUGUUGGUGAGUACCCUCGUCCUCAUUUUGUGCCACAAAAUGAAACCUUAUGAUGACAGCGAUAAAUUUGCUCUUGCAGCCGCUAAAUCAAAAAUUGCGCAAACACCGCCUUCUUCACCCGCAAUCCAUGAAUCCAAAUCACUUAUUGCCCCAUUGCCAACUAUCUCCGAAAGCAAAAAGCUAGUACUCGAGGAUAUUGAGGAAACUGGCUACAAUACCAAUCCGCUACCUGCCGAAGGUCACAGGUCCUCCAUCAUGAAUUUGGUAGUUGAGAGUGGUCUCAACCUGUUUGGCUCUGGCGGUGGCCCAUCUAAAUCUGGAACGGGGUCACCUAAGACACCCUUCAUAGCCUCCCUUUGUGAAGCCAGCUUAUUCGCCGCCUUAGCCGGAUGCGGUGUCAUUUAUCCGACAUUGCCUAGCGCCCUUUAUUUCCUCAUAUUUAUCGGGAGCGCUACUGCCUGGGCUUGCUGCAAACGAUUCCUCUUUAGAACCACGCAAUUUUGCCAAGAUCAAAAAUCGCCUUCCUUACAUGGUUCUGUUAGCGACAAAACUACCAACCACACAUUCAAUUGUCUGAUGAGUUUACGAUUUUUUUUGCUUUUUUACGUGGCUAUCCAUAUAUUAGCACUGUAUUUGUAUCAAUUUCAAAAUUUACAAAUAUUGUUUCCACCUGAGGAACUGGUUGCGAGAUUGUUAGGAUUGACAGCCAUAGUUCAAACCAACUGUGAAGCACCUUACGAAAUGAAUUUAUUUCCUGUCGGUUGGGACGUUUACCUAAAUCCAGCUUUUCUCAUGACACUCUAUUGGUUGCUCUGCAUAAAUAUCAAAAUUAGCUACUCGAUGAGGCAUUUAGAAUCAAAAAAUCAGGGAUUAUCUACUUACCUCAGAGAUCAAUCUCAAAGAAAAUCUACUCCCAUUACAGAAACAGCUAAAUUAUUGACCGAAAAAUCUAGUCAGGCCUUAGCCAGUUCGCAAAACCUUCCAAAGGUCUUAUCAACGACGACUCAAUUAGAUGGGAAACCUCGCUCAGCCGAUACCUUAGCUACAAAAAAUAUACGAUCAGAAAGUCAAAUCGAUACAAAGAGUGUAUCAAUUAGUGGCCAGACGACGAGCAUUGCAAGACGCAAAAGAAAACAUUGGACGUCUAAAAUUUCGCCUCUAUAUUACAUUUUCGCUGCCAUGAUUAACGUUAUCAUACGUCAGACAUAUGUCAUAUCCUUGAUUCUAAUGAUGGUAUGGGCCAUAACGUACCAUUCUUGGCUCACUUUCGUAUUUCUCCUUUGGGCUUGCGUAGUUUGGAUGAGCCCUAAUUCUAGAAGUUACUGUCUCUACUCUUCUCCCUUUUUCGUAGCUUAUGCCAUCAUACUCUUAUUUCUUCAGUUCAUUUACGGGUUAAAGCUAACAGAUGAUGAAUUGCCAGCUGACAGCUACAAAAAUUUUCCUCUCGCUCAAUUCGGUUUGAUCAAAUACAAGUAUCCUUGUUUACAGCUGGCUUUAAAGUCGGUAUUUACUUGCUUGUUUUGGAUAACAAUGAGACAAUUUGUGAUUGAGAAAAAAAAAGAAAACCUGGUCAGAGUCAUAUCCAUAGAUGGCCAGCAACAACAACUCAUAACAGGAGCACUUAAGCCCUCUGACAUUCUAUCUCAAGAUGGAACACGUAUAACAUCGAAAUUAGGUCAUUUAAUGUAUUGGCUUUGCAUCAAAUAUUGGAUUUUGAUAUGCUGCGGAUUCCUCCUAUUUAUGGGUAUCGCUACUGCACCCGUUGUCUUAUAUCGUAUUGGAUACACUAUGUUUUUUGUCGUCUUCCUUAUCAUGUUUCAAAUGGUUUUUAAAGUAUGGAGGUUAACUAUGUACAUCUUUUGGGUUUUCCUGAUUUGCUAUUCCAUGGUGAUUCUCAUACUAAUCUACACCUACCAAUUCGAAAAUUUUCCCGAAUAUUGGCACAAUAAAACUCAUUUAUCUUAUGAGAUUUUGAAUGACUUUGGCUUGGAGCAAUACGAUACGAAAACAUUAUUCGUUAGAUUAUUUACCCCUACGGCUUUUAUCGUUAUCAUAAUAUUGCAAGUUCAUUAUUUCCACAAACCAUUUUUAGAGCUGAUCGAUAUGGAUAAACCUUCAACUAUGCCACCACAAGAUACUAAAAAUGAAUUAGCCAGAAUGAAAGCUAUCGAACGUAGAAUUGAUGCAACUUCGACUGAGAAGGAUUUUGUGUAUUAUUUUUACUGGUUCUCGCGAAGACUAAGUUACGUUUGCAAUGUUAUAUCCAAAUACGCGUGGAAGAUGGCCGAACUACAUGUCUUCAAAUUAGUAGCCAUGGCUUUGAUGUUUCUUUGCGUUAACGAAGCCAAAGCUAUAAACGUUCCCUUUGUAUUGGCGAUAGUAAUCGGCUUAGCGGUGCCGCCACUCCAGACCCUGUUAUCUUACAUAUCAUCGAUUUGGAUCGGAUGCUUGAUUAUCGUUAAAAUGACUUACCAAAUCGACUAUUUUAAAGUUGAAUAUUUUCGAACGAAUUGUUCGGGAAUAUCGUCUCUCAACACCACAGUUGAUAACGCUGAAUGGUUGGGAUUUAUGAAAGUACCGGACAUCGCUUCUUAUAUAAAAGGUUACUUAGGCAUCCUAUUCUUGUUGUGCUUCCAGAAGGUUGUCAAAUUGCGCCAGCGAAAAUUUAGCAUGGCCCCCACAGGCCCGAGUAUUGCGCAUUAUGACAAUGAAACCCGCCGCGUAUCUGCUCACUUAGUUCCUCCGCCCACACAACCUAAACGCUCCUACCUCUUUCCAAGCAUAACACGGGAUCGGGCCGAUUUUGGACUCGUUAACUUGAUCAAAUACCUCGCUAAUUUCUGCUUCUAUAAAUUUGGAGUUGAGAUAACACUGAUCAGUAUUAUAGCUACUGUGGGACUCAGGUGGGAUGCCUGGUCCGUCAUUUACAGCGUUUGGCUUGGGAUUUUAUUAUUCCCUUCUCGAAAAGCUCUCUCUUUAAUAUGGCCCAUUUAUGUGAUGUUUCUGGUGGUUGUCAUUCCUUUACAAUAUAUGGCUAGGAUUGGGAUGCCACCUGGGUUAUGCAUGGAAUACCCAUGGACAAAUACAAUCAAAGGAGGUCUCAGGGAUUGGCUUUAUUUGCCGGAUUUCUUAGUUCCUCCUUCUAGUUAUAAAAUAUCAACCGAUUUUUUCCAACUCCUUUUCGCGACUUGUCAACUCUGCGUGUUCAGGAUAGAAUUCCACGACCCAUCAGCGCCACAACCUUUCAAUCCACCCGAUAUAUCCUUGUCUCAGGCCAAAUGUUCGGGUAGUAAAAGUCAAGCAAGUAUAUUGGGAUCAUUGGGAGCAAGAAUUAAAAAAGCUCGAAGCAAGACUUUUGAUUAUGGCGCGCAUUACACAGCCCCCGCAGAAUUUGAAGGAGGGAGCAAUAAAGAGAUUUGGAAACUUGAUAGCCUUUACAGCAUUCAAAACCCUAUACCGGAUUUCGUUACCCAUACAACAACUCUAUUGGACAAAUUAAAAUUCGCUUUUUUUUCGUAUUCCUACUGGGUUACCCUAACAAUCAUGCUAAUAACUGCCACCAAUCGGGUCAGCCUUUUUUGCAUGGGCUACCUUAUCGCAUCUUUCUUCUUUUUGUGGUAUGGGAACGAGUUAUUCUUGAAGCCACUGAAAACCAUUUACAAAUUUUGGACUGUGUUGAUAGCUUACAACUUUGCCGUUAUCUUUAUUAAAGCAAUAUUACAAGUUUUGGGUUGUGUUUACAUGUCUGCUUUAGAAGCCAAUUUAUGCUGGUUAGUGCAAUUGCUAAGUAUAGCUUGUUUGAAGGCCGGUUUUGGGGCUAGUCGAGAGCUCAAUCUCUCGGCUGAGUGUUCGGUGCCAGUAGAGCAAGCGGGAAUUCUGUGGGAUGGAAUUUGCUUCGUUUUUCUUAUCCUACAGAAAAGGAUUUUUGGCAGUUUUUAUUUUAAGCACAUAAUUUCCGAAAUAUAUGCCCAGCAAUUGUUAGCUUCUAGAGGUGCUGAACUAGUUAAUCAAAUUAAAUGGAAGGAAGUCAGCGAACAAGAUGACAAGGAAAGGCUAGUAAUGGAAAAAAUUAAGAAAAAAAUGGAACAAAUUAAACAUCAAAAUAAAAAAUUAGCAAGAAGGAUCACUCAAGAACCUAGCACGCAUUUUCAAGGGCUACCAUUUAGACAAUCCUAUCACGAAGCAGCAUCCACCAAGGGGCAAAAAGAAAUUGUGAUUCACAACAUGAAAUUUUAUCAAAAGUUAUGUCAGCAAACCGAGACCACUUUGAGAUACUUGAGUUCAUAUCGAACGACCUCGACCAGUAAAAGUAUUGAUUUGGGCAUUUUGGGGUCCAGCUCAUUCGUAAAAACAAAAGAUGAUAGGCCUGUCAAUUUAAACAGCAGUGAUUCACUUCUGAUUGGUCCUUGUCGGCCAAAAUGCAAGAAACUGGUAACAUUGAGUCCACCUAAAAGCGUUAAAAGAAAGUGGGGAAAAGAUGGACCUAAAUCAAAAAAAUUACUCGCCAAACACGAAUCUAUCCGAUCCGGUGAUUACUACAUGUUCGAAGACAUUUCCGACGACGAACAUGCGGAUGAUGCAUUAGCUGACUUAGAAUACCCAGAACCUAGACCCCUUGAAGGGGAUGAAGAAGCGACGGGUAUCGGACCUAUGCAAUUGCUUAACGUGGCACUGACAAAAGGCGGUAUUAAAGGUGCUGUUCAGGAAGGAAAGCUUACUCACGAGGGUAGCAUAUACGAAGAUUCGUCAUCAGAUUCUAAAUGCAGGAGAACUACUAAAACGGAUCGCUUAUCUUUACUAUCUCAACAGGAACCUCGGAGUCAACCUUCUGCGAUUAUCCAGUUAGCCCCUACGACAUCCGGAAGAAUGAAGUCUACUAGUGGUGAACCAAUACCGGGAUCUUUAAUUUUAGAUCAAGUCUCCAAAUCGGAAGAGCCUUCCUCGAAAGAUAAAGAAAUAGACCCAGACAGGAAUGACGAAUGCGAAGAUGAUAAUGACGACGAUGCAUCCAAGAAUAUGCUAUACAUCAUAUUUUUGAAGAUCAAAUACUUCCUUCAUUUCUUGCUCUUAUUCUUUUAUGGCAUACUUGAAAGUGCGACGCAACAAUUGAACAAAAUAUCCCGAGAUUACAGAUACAUUGCUCAGAUUUUAGCUCAAGAAAAGGGGCAGAGGAAACAAGAAGAAAAGAUGAAAAAAGUUUAUAUUCCCGAUGUUCAAGCUGUUGCGAUUCCUAUGGAUCGCCCAAAUUUGCCUAAAACUAUGGAAGUGAAUAAUAAUCUAGAAAAUUCAAAACUCAACAUGAUUGAUGAAAACGGCUGGGCAACCCCGUAUAAAACUUACGAAACAUUCACUCUCCACGACCUAGAAGCCCUACAACCCGACAGAUCUUUAAUAAUAAAAUUCAUAACAGCGCUCUAUUACGUUUUAAUAUCUCGGUCGGAACUCGUGUGUUAUUUUUUGGUUGUGCUGAAUAUGCUUCAAACGGCGUCAAUCUUGGCUAUGCCUCCGCCACUCAUGGUUUUCCUUUGGGGAACCCUGUCUAUUCCCAGGCCUUCUAAGACCUUUUGGGUUUCACUUAUAACUUACGUUGAGGCCGUCGUGAUAAUAAAAUACCUGUUUCAAUUCGGAUUCUUCCCUUGGGUCGGUAAGGAAAUAGUAAAAGAUCCAUUUUGGCCUCCUCGUAUCCUUGGAAUUGAGAAGAAAGAAUAUUACGCUGUAUACGAUCUAGUGCUCUUACUUAUACUAUUUUUUCAUCGUUCCAUUUUGAAGUCAUUAGGAUUAUGGAAAGACAAUGUAAAGAGCGUUAGUAAUAGUCUUACAAAUGACGUUGACACGCCGGGUAGUAAUGGUCUGGUAAAAUCGCAAGAAAAAUCGAAUAUUACUCCCACUAACAAGGAAGUUUUUACAAAUAUUAAAGAUUUAUCGCCAAAAUCUGAAAAAUUCGACGAUCAAAAAAUUCCGCAAAUUAAUUCCUUAGAAAGUGAACCUAUUAGCUCCCCUGAAAAAACUGAUCUAGCUUUGAGUUCACCUAGCUCCCUUUCAGACUUGAAUAAAUCCAAACCAGGCAGUAAAAAGCAAUUACUUUUAAUGACGUGCGAAUUUUCUCAUUAUUUCAAAACUUUUUGGAACUUUUUUGAUAAAUUACUACAUCCGAAAUUCAGAGUCACUGCUGAUGUUUACGCCCCAAUGUUCCUUUGCGACUUCAUAACCUUUAUAAUCGUCUUGUUUGGAUAUUCCGCUUUUGGUUCUGGUGUUCCUGAAGAGGGUGACGUGGCAAGUUACAUUACUGAAAACAAAAUACCCAUCCCUUUUCUUAUUAUGUUGGUGGCCCAGUUCGCUCUUAUUAUCGUCGAUAGGGCUCUCUUUUUGCGAAAGUGCAUUGUCGGAAAACUUAUUUUUCAAUUUAUACUCGUGAUACUCAUCCACAUAUGGAUGUUUUUCAUCAUUCCCAGCCUUACGGAGCGCGAAUUUUACAAGAAUACGCCCGCGAGACUAUGGUAUUUUUCUAAGUGCUGCUACUUCCUUCUGUCUUCAUUUCAAAUAAGAAGCGGUUAUCCUACCAGGAUACUAGGGAACUUUUUAACUAAAAAAUACAAUUAUCCAAAUCUUUUUUUGUUCAAAGGAUUUUCGGCAAUCCCUUUUCUCUGGGAAUUGAGAACAAUCAUGGAUUGGAUGUGGACUGACACCACGUUGACAUUGUUUUACUGGAUUAAAUUGGAAGAUAUAUAUGCUUCCGUAUUUAUAUUGAAAUGUUAUCGCAGGGCUGAAUUGGAUUAUCCUACUCCUCGCGGAGUUAAAAGACAACCUCUUAUAAAAUAUUUGAUGGGGGGAGGGAUGCUUUUCAUACUCAUUUUCAUAAUAUGGUUUCCUUUGGUACUAUUCGCUCUCACAAACGCCGUCGGUACGAAAAAUUUACCUUACGACUGCUCCCUACAAAUUAGUAUAGGUGGAUAUGCGCCUUUGUUUAAGAUGAGCGCACGCAAUCAGUAUAUAAAACCCUUUACGGAAGUUGAAUACCGAUCGCUUAUGAAUCAGCACAUUAAAGAUAAGGCCGUUCAAGUGUUUUUAUCGAAUUAUGAAGCAGGCAAUGUAAUAGAAAUAAAUUUAAUGGGAAAUUCGACCGACAUUUGGACGAUAAGUCCUCCCAGUCUCCAAUCCCUACAAGCAAUCAUGAUGAGUAAUUCAACCUUGCAAAUUAGAGUCAGGUGGUCUUUUACCAGAGUUGCCCAGAGCAAAAUGGUUGAGCCCAUUAUUUCAGAUGAGAAUGCGUUUCAAGUCGAACCAGGAUCUACUAUGAGACAAGAGUUGGCUGAUAUGCUUUAUGGAAACUCUACUAAACCUAUCUUGAUAGAGCACGUCUUCCCUCGAUACGUUAGGGUACCAGCCAAAGAAAAACCAAGCUAUGUUAGGCCUUUGAUACCAAAAGGACCUAUGGGUUUUAAAGAUGUAACGAUAAAAUUACAAACUCAGAGGAUCGAAGGGACCAGGGUUCAGUGGUGGGAAGUUAAGGAAGCUCCCAAAAAUCCUCACGAAGAAUACUAUCUUCCAUGUUGUCUCACUAUCAUUGCCUUCUCCGAUCUCGUUUUCCCUGGCACUUUCACCUUUUUCGCUCAAUACGGUAUUAUAGGAUUGUACGUUUCCUUGGUACUAGUAAUAGGCCGGUUGGUGCGAUCUUUUGUGAGUGGCUUGUAUGGUCGCAUAAUGUUCGACGAAUUACCGGACGUUGACAGGGUAUUACAACUUUGCUUAGACAUAUAUUUGGUAAGAGAGAGCGGAGAAUUUCAAUUAGAAGAAGAACUAUUUGCAAAACUUAUAUUUUUGUACCGCUCACCAGAGACGCUCAUCAAAUGGACCAAGCAAAAAAAUGGAUAAUUAUUUUUUGAAAGUAUCGCUUCAGCUAAAAUAUAUUAUUCUUUUACUAUUGCUAUAGUAUAAAUUUGGGUAGAACUCCCUUAUAGAUUUAAGAUCAUGAUUUUAUCAAAUAUGAAAUUAAAUUUUUAGUAUUUAAUAUUCUUACAUCGUCUGAAUAUUUGUACUUUUGGUUGACUGGAGAUACUUAUUAAAAAAUAAAUUUUUUAUAUUUAAUUUUUUUAAUUACAAUUAGCUAAUCCAAAAAGUCCUUUCACAAUUAUUUAUAUUUAUUAUAAAACACAAAAUCACGAAAAAUUAUGUUUGAAUGGUUUUAAAUAUUAUAUUAAUUUUUUUUAACCAAUGCGCCUUUUUUUUAAUUUUAUUUUUAGAUUUAAAUUUUUAAUGCUAUAUUUAAAUACAAUUUUUUUUGUAUUAUUUAAUUUAGAUUUUAAAUUUAAUUUUUUUUUGUAUAAAUUGAUUUAUGGAUUGAUUACAUUUAAUUUUCAAAAGAAUUUGUGAUUUUCAUAUAACAAACAAUUUAAUAAAUUUCAAAUCGGAAUUACUCUACCUUUUUAUGAGUAAAC